AAAUAUUUGUAAGGUUAUGUUCGUUUUUUUGAUAAUGAUAAAUCAACAAAUAUAUUUUGCAUUAUCAGAAGACAGAAAUAACAUUAAGAUUAAAAGAAUAAAGUUUUUAAUUAAUAUUUAUUAAACUUCAGUCCAUAAACGUUAUUGCAAUCAUGGCAAUGUUAUCUUUGUGUGGGUUAUCCGAGGACACUCUAUUCAAAAGUAAAUCUGAAGUUGAAGAAAAUGAAGCGUUUGAAACUUUUCAGAGUGACAAUACCGUAAACCAAAUGAAUUUGUACUCACUUCCUGGAAACCCUGUUGAAAACAUGCGUAUGAUAACAGCUCGUGAUACAAUGGGUCGUCCAAUUGAGUUAAACUUUCAUCAUGGUACUACAACAUUAGGAUUUUUAUACCAAGGAGGCAUAGUUUUAGCAGUUGAUUCUCGUGCUACUGGAGGACAGUACAUUGGUUCACAAUGUAUGAAAAAAAUCGUUGAAAUCAAUGAUUUUAUGUUAGGUACAUUAGCUGGUGGUGCAGCUGAUUGUGUUUACUGGGAUCGUGUUCUCUCAAAACAAUGCAGAUUACACGAGUUAAGAAAUAAAGAACGUAUUAGUGUUACAGCUGCUUCCAAAAUUAUGUCAAAUAUGAUUUAUUACUAUAAAGGAUAUGGAUUAUCUAUUGGAAUGAUGUUAGCUGGAUAUGAUAAAAAUGGUCCAUCUUUAUUUUACAUUGACAAUGAUGGUUCCAGAACACCAGGUAAAGUUUUUUCGGUAGGUUCUGGAUCAAUUUAUGCUUUUGGUGUUCUUGACUCUGGCUAUAAAUGGGAUCUAACUGAUGAAGAAGCUCAAAAACUUGGUCAAAGAGCUAUCUUCCAUGCUACUCAUCGAGAUGCUUACAGUGGUGGAAUUGUUCGAGUGUAUCACAUCACCAAAGAUGGAUGGAAACAUAUAAAGAACGAAGAUUGUGAUGAAAUUUAUGACAGAGUAAAGAAUGAAGCUAAAUAAUUAAAUAUUUAAGUUCUAAAUGUUAAUUAUAAGAACAUAAUUUUGUACGGUUUUAAAGCAUUCAAGUAUAAAAGAUAAUUUUUUGUUUUAUAAGUAUUCUAAUUUUCCAAAAUAAAUUGUCAAUAAAAAAUAAUAAUUAUAAUAAAAAACUAUUUUGCUGACAAUAUACUUACACUGUACUAUUA